AUCAUCCUUGUCUUCUCUUCCAAUGAUUGUCUCCCGGAACUUUUCUGCCAGAGACGAUGGAGAGACCGGUGAAGAGUUUCCUUUUGAGAGGGUUUUCCCGGUUUAUGCUAGAGGAACCCUUAAUCCCGUGGCCGACCCGGUUUUGCUGGAUUUUACCAAUUCUGGUUAUGACCCAAUUUGGGAUUCUAUAAGAGAAGAAGCUAAGCUUGAGGCAGAAGAGGAGCCGGUUUUGAGUAGCUUCUUGUAUGCUAGUAUCUUAUCACAUGACUGUUUAGAGCAAGCAUUGAGUUUUGUUCUGGCUAACCGUCUCCAAAACCCUACCUUGUUAGCAACUCAACUUAUGGAUAUAUUUUGCAAUGUUAUGGUACAUGAUAGAAGUAUUCAGAGCUCCAUUCGUCUUGAUGUUCAGGCAUUCAAAGACAGAGAUCCUGCUUGUCUAUCCUAUAGUUCGGCUAUUUUACACCUGAAGGGCUAUCUUGCACUGCAGGCGUAUAGAGUUGCACAUAAGUUGUGGAAGCAAGGAAGAAAACUAUUAGCAUUGGCAUUGCAAAGCCGAGUAAGCGAGGUUUUUGGAAUCGAUAUUCAUCCCGCUGCAAGAAUUGGGAAAGGAAUAUUGUUGGAUCAUGGAACUGGUGUGGUCAUAGGUGAGACUGCUGUGAUAGGCGACCGUGUCUCAAUUUUGCAUGGUGUGACAUUAGGAGGAACUGGGAAAGAAACCGGUGACCGCCAUCCAAAUAUAGGCGACGGUGCUCUUCUUGGAGCAUGUGUGACUAUACUUGGUAACAUUAGGAUAGGCGCUGGAGCAAUGGUAGCUGCGGGUUCGCUUGUGUUGAAGGAUGUUCCUUCGCAUAGCAUGGUGGCUGGAAACCCAGCGAAACUGAUCGGGUUUGUCGAUGAGCAAGAUCCGUCUUUGACAAUGGAGCAUGAUGCUACCAGAGAGUUCUUUCAAAAUGUAGCUGUUGCUUAUAGAGAGACAAUACCAAAUGGAUCUUCAGUUUCAGGUAGUUGCAGAGAAAGAACACAUUAAAAAGAGAACAUGAUUACAUGAUCACCUGCAGCUUCUUUAAGGCGAUUUACAUCACUUCACAAAAAAUAACAAAGCUCUUUGUUUUGUUAACAAACUUGUUUUCCAAUU